UGUGGAAAAAUUGCAUAAUUUUGUAGAUAUUUCGUUCACUCUGCGACGUAAAACUUUUGAUUGACUGACCUUUGAAAUGUGACGUUUAAAUCGAUCGUAUUUAUAAGUCAGUAUUUAUUUUACAUCAAGCAAUUAUACAUAUAUUUUGCAUUUGUAUGCACGCGUAAGUAAAAGCUACUUAUGAGUCUUUGGAUAUACAUUGAUUAUAAUGCAUCGCAUACGAAUUUUUUUUUUAGGGGAGAGCGCUUGAUCACACAGUUUCCUCUAUCGUGAUAUCCCGAAUCGCAUAACGAUUAAUCAUUGUGCAUUAUAGCAUUGAGCAAAUUUUUAUUCUAAGUGUAAGAACAUAUAAGUUGAAAUUUAUAUGUUACUCUUGUCUCAAAAUACUAAAUCAAAUUUAUUUAAUUUGAUGAAGGAGAAUAAGUCUCAUAUUAAUAUUGCUUUAUUUUUAUAUAUUGCGUAAAGUUGUAGUGAAAUUAAGUACAUUAAGAAUAUUUUUGGCUUUGUUAUUAGAAAUUUUUGAGAGGGUACAUUAUUAAGGAAAUGUAACAAAACAAUUUUAAAUUUUGUUCUAAAUUCUAUAAAAUCAUGACAAACUUAUGAAAUGUUGAAACAAAUUUACGAAACAUAUCUACUGGGUACAAAUUUUUAAAUAGUGUAUAAGAUUUAGAAAUGAUAAAGAAAGAUUUGGAAAUCGAUAGUUAAUUAAGCAUAAGAAUCAAUACGUGCUGACACAAAAGUGAUGAGAUAUAAAUGGAUAAGUUUAGCAGAUAAAGCAAAUUAGUGAAAUCUUAGUGAUUCUUUAUUAUAUUUAGCUUCUAUAUUUAUUAUACAUCCUGUGAAAAAUUAAAGACAAGAAUUAAUCAUAUUAAAGAAUCACUGCGCGCUUAUUGAUCUGCUUUGUCUGUUAUAAACAACCAAACAAAAUAGGCAAUCUAUUCAAAUUUGAAUUAUCAAUGAUUUGAAAUUUUUGAACUAUUCAAAUUCAAAUCUUUCAGAUUCGAAGACAAAUCAAAUCCAUUGUAAUUCGAUUUGAUUCGAUUCGAACUAUUCGCAUAUCUCUCUACUGUGUAUGAAUACGUUUUCAAUGUAUUCUUACAUUUACGUACAAAAUCGAACAAAUCAGAAUGCAAUAAUAUUUAAAAAUAUAUCAGCGAUAAAUUAACUUCAGAGAUUCAAAAUGCUUCUGGAAAUAAAUCCAUCUUUUGCACAUUAUCGCAAUUCCGUAAAAAACAAAACUUACAGAAUUCAGAAUAAAUGUAAUAUAAUUCUUCGAAAAAUUUUGCAUGGACUUUCAAAAUUUAAAGCGAUUACUAUAAGUUCACAAAGAUCUAGGCGCCAAGAAUACAUCCGUAAAUUCAGUUAAUCUCUGUAUAGACAAGCAUAGAAUUGGCAAGCAUAGAAUUGAUAUCUUCCAACAUUUAUGAAGAUAUUAGUUUGAGAAUAAAUAACACAAAAUUUAUGUUACAUACAUAUGCCACCGUGUCGACGGUUUUUUCUCACGAUAUUUUUCUGUUGUGAGAGUUCCAUCGUCGGACAGGGUAUAAAAUUGAAGUACGACUUAAUAAAAAACAUUGGUCAUCCUAUAGAUAUCGGAUGCAAUUUUAUUUAAAGUCCAACAGAUAUAUAUAUGUUUUCUCUGCUCGUCCACACCGAGGAUUUCUGAAAAUUCGGGCCUUGGCACUGAUUCAACGACCGAGUUUACUAGCGUCUAGCUUCUCAUCUCGCAAAAGCCGCAAUGUAUGAGAAGAUACGAGUCAGUCGAGACGUUGAUAAGGCGGCGACUACAUAAAUUCUUAAUUAUUCCAACCGUUCUGCGUCUGAAGAAUCUGCCAUUUGCAGAACAAAAUUGUGUACACAGAAAUAGUGAAUAUGUUGCGGAAGUGUUGCGCUGUCGUGCACCUAUCGCAAGUUUGGAUUGCAUGGAAGAGUUCAACGGUAGCGGCGGCGGCGGCGGUGGCGGUGGCGGCGUAGACUCGGGCGUGCACUGCAGCAACACGACGGGAACAAAAGAACAGCUAUUAACUAGCUGUAUUGCCGCACAAGCGCAACGUUUACAACAUCCCUCGCCAGGUAUUCGCUACCGCAACCUGGGCAAAAGCGGUCUACGUGUUUCCAAUGUUGGACUAGGGACAUGGACCACUUUUGGCGUGGGCGGUUGCGGCAGUGAGGAGACCGCGGAGGCCGUCGUGGCCCUUGCCUACGAUAGCGGGAUUAAUGUAUUUGACCUGAGCGAAGCGCACAGUGGUCAUCGCGCCGAAAUCCAGUUCGGCCGUAUCCUGCUGAGGCGCGCCUGGAACCGCUCCAGUUACGUCGUCACGACAAAAAUUUAUUGGAACACCAAGACCGAGGGUCGCGGGCUAUCGCGGAAACACAUUAUCGAGUCCGUGCAAGCUUCACUCGUCAGGCUGCAACUGUCGUACAUCGACAUUGUCAUGAUCCACAAAGUCGAUCCAAUGUGUCCGAUGGAAGAAAUCGUUCGAGCAAUGAAUUAUGUUAUAAGCAAAGGUUGGGUGAUGUAUUGGGGUACAUCGCGGUGGUCACCUGUGGAGAUUAUGGAAGCUUAUACGAAUUGUCGGCAAUUUAAUUGCGUAACGCCAAUUGUUGAACAAGCGGAGUAUCAUCUGUUUUAUAGAGAAAAACCUGAACUCUAUAUGCCAGAAUUGUAUAACAAAAUUGGUGUUGGAUUAAUGGCAUGGUCUACUGUCACCAUAGGGAUGGUUUCUUCAAAGCCGGAAGAUUGCGGAGUGUCAUUUCUCUCGAGAUCUUCUUAUAAGAACAAAUACUCGUCAUUUAGUUGGACGGAAGAUGAAACUCAGUCUCUGUACAAAGAGGAAUACGCGUGGAAAGACAAGUCCGCAGAUGAGGAGACUCGGAAAUACUCGGACAAAUUGCGGGACGUAUAUGCUCUUGCCGAAAGACUAGGAUGCUCUUUCGGACAACUCGCCAUCGCGUGGUCUUUGAAGAAUGAAAGUGUUCAGUGCCUUCUUCUCGGUGCAUCUAAUAUAGAUCAAUUGUAUGAGAGUCUCCAAAGUUUACAGCUUAUCCCGAAGCUAAACGCAAAUAUAAUGAGCGAAAUCGAGAGGAUUCUUGACAACAAACCGUCCCGACCACCAAUGAUAUCCACAUUGGCACUCAGAUGACAAUCGAUGUGCCCCCACGGCAGCGGUGGGGGUUCUGUAGAAGAGGCGGGCAGUCCGAAAAGCGAGGGCGGCAACAGUCAGGAUCAAGAACAGACCAAGGAAGUGAACAACAAGUUACCGUUCUGCGAGAUACAAUGAAGCUGCACGCGGACAACAAACCAUCUUGUAACUUCAUAAUAUUGGUGUCCAACACUGAUCAUAACGAGUGUCAUUUUUCGCUUUUCAUUUGGUCGCGAUCCGGUGUGGGUCGAAUGCACACAUGACCACAAGUUGACACGACAAUAUUUACCAAACAUGAAGAAACCCAUCUUUGGAGACUUGCCGCCUCGACGAUGGCGAAAAUUCACCAUUCUCACGGCGUAUCCUCGAAGCAGUACUUCAUACACAAUUUAUAUCUCUUAUACGUCACAUUCGACAUUUGUAGAUAUAUAGGUAAUGAAAACGCGACAUGUUUUAUGGCCACCUGUCUUUAUAGACAAAAUUGUGAGUCGCGUGCUUUUAAAUGCAUCUCCAAUACGGUUAUACCUGUGCCGUAAACCAUUAUAAAUUUUUCGCUAAUCUUCUAUCAGGAGACUAUGUCUCGUCGAAAAGGUUUCCAUUCGCGAUUUCAAGUGUUCAUUAUUCUUAGCAUUAAGAAUCCUAUUUGCUACACGUAGUGAAUAAUGAGAAACUUGGCAGUAUCACGAAUAUCCACCGAGCUAUACAUUCGUUCUACUAUUUAUUGGUCGAGUAAGAGCAAUUUGCAAACAAAUUCGGAUGAAAUAGCGAACACGUCGAGUUUAUUAUCUAAACAGUUUUGCCGUAGAUUGUAAAAAUUUUAUUAAUGAUGUUAUCAGCAAUGCUGUGUUUUAAGUGCUAUACCAAAUACUCUAACGCGAUUCACUCUAUUAACUUUAAUACAUACUUUUCGUUAGGGUUGUUACGCUUGAUUGUAUUUUAUCUACCAAUUUAUCUCCGCUUUCUCUAUUUAUCUUUCUCCAUCCUCUCCUUUUUCUAGUUUAAACCUCGAGAAAUCAUUAUAUUAAGUAUAUUAUACUAAGAAACGCGUGAAACACAGUACACAAGUUUGUACAAUAAAAUACAUCGCUACAAAUUUUUCACUAUUCUAAAGAGUACUCGCGCCUGUUUUCAAAAUAUAGAUAUUGUACUAAAGGAUAAAUGCAGUUGAAGAAUUACAAAAUAACUGCGGAAUAAUCGAUAGCUAACAAGUUCGCUAAUCGAGUCCAGUCAGUAGAAUAAAUUAAGAUGAAUGAAAGUGAAUCAAAGCGAUAUUUUCAUUCAAAGAACAAAUUAAGUGAGUCAUGAAAAUGAAACAGAGCAAUAUUUUAAUUCGAAGUAUAAUUUAGUCUCAUUAACCGCCGAAUUGAUUCUUUAAACAUAAAAUCAAUUUCUUAGUGGUUACAUUUGAAAUAUUUUCUUUAAAUAUUUUGCAAACUCUGUCAAAUUUAAAUAUAAAUUCUACAAUAUGAAUAUACUAUAGAUGUACCAAGAAAUCUUUGAAGAACCGAAACUAUACACAAAGAAUCUCUUUACUUCAAUAUCAUUUCUAUCAAGAGAAAGUCUGUUUAUUUAUCGCGUAUAGCUUUUUGCUUCGUUUCGCCGUAAAGUGAGACACAGCACAUUUCUGAAGAAAGAUCGUUUAUCUUGAAGAGAGAUACAAGGUUUGUAAUAAUCUACAAUUAUAUCUUUGUGCGAAGUAUCGUUGCCCCUGAGCAAUAUUGUUUCGAUUUAUCUUGUCAUUUCCUUAUGCCAAAGUGAUGAAGAGUAAUCAACAAAUGCGAUUCGUGUCAACCAAGCGCCGUUUCGCCAAUUUCCGUUGUUCAGAACAUUGCUCAAGUGUACGAUCAUGAGAAAACUUCUCGCUCCCGUAAAAGUGGUAAUCCAUAUAGCGAAAUUUAUAUAAACGUGAAAGAGUUUUUAUUUAUAUUUUAGACGUAUAUGUAAUCUGCAGUUAACCUUUUUAAUUGUAGUUUAAACGAUGAGUUUCGACAAAAUCUUUUCUUUGUGGUUGUAUACAUAUAUGUCGUAGGCAAAUAGUUAUUUUAGGAAAAUAGUCAAUCUGACUAGAUAAAUGCUAUUUGCCUGGUAAAAUAACUCUCGCCCGUUUAUUUUUAUAUUUAAGUGCUAUUUUCUUUAUUUAGCAAAUGUAUGGAGCUAUCAGUAUGAUCCUUUGACUGAAUCGCUGUUAGGCAUAUCAGCAAAGCAUGCGUUGAUAACUUAGCUACACGCGCAUGCGAAAAAUGCACAAAUUUGAAAUGUGUGUGCGUGCGUGCGUGCGUGCAUGCGUGCGUACGUGCGUGCGUGCGUGCGUGCGUGCGUGCGUGCGUGCGUGCGUGCGUGCGUGUGUGUGUGUGUGUGUGUGUGUGUGUGUGUGUGUGUGUGUGUGUGUAUGUGUGUAUGUAUGAAUAAAUAUUCUGUUUUGUUUACACAAAUUCUCUGCUUUAAAAACAAAUUUUUUUCAUAUAAUUUUUGUGUUCUUAAAAAGCAGAGAAUUUGUGUUUUCAAAACAGAUAAUUUGUGUUUUACAACAGAGAAUUUGUGUCUUAAGAUAGAAAAUUUGUAUUUUUAAAGCAGAGAAUAACUUAUUAUUUAAUUAUUUUAAUUUAUUUUUAUUUAAUUAUAGACAAUUUAAAAGAUGUAUUCAUUUUUUAUCAUUGAUAUUAUAUAAAGCGAUACGUUAAAAGUACAUAUAUGUCAAAUUCAUUCACUUUUUGUAUGCGCAUGUGGCCAGGAAGCAUUCAUUUUGCUACAUUUCAUCGGUAUGACAAAUUUCCUAACCUAAAUAAUCGUCAACUUUAAUGAUUAAUAUCUUGCUUCACGGAGCAGAAAACUGAAUAAUUAACUAAACUAAAUAAUUAUCCAAAAUUGAUUUCUAUUUUCCUAAAAAGCUUUCAGGCAAAUGUUAUUUGCCUAAGAAAAUAGCAUUUAAUCACAAGUGGACGGGCAAAAACUAUUUGACUAACAGAUAGUAUUUGCCUAAUCAGAUACUAUUUUUCUAAAAUAACUAUUUGCUUAUGACAUAUAUCAAGAUCUAAUCUCUUUUGAAUCAAAAUACUAUUAAUUAUCUAUAAAUAUUUAUUAUUUUUUUUUUUAAUGAAAAAUAAUCGGAUCCCUGUAAACAUCAAGUAACAAUAUUAUAAUUUUCUAUUUAGCAUGUAACUGUUACGUAUAACAUUUGUUACAUUGCGCUUGUAUUGUCCAAUAGGAAAUUAUAAUGUUAUAGUUGUCAUUCUUAAUUGGAGUUUACCAAGCAUUUAUUUUUACGUGCGUUCGGGAAUUUUCCUAGCAUAUUGUAUAUCAAUAUUAUUAACAUUCCACUUAAUUUUAUCAACUCCCCAGAUAACCAAAUGUAGUGAGUUUGUUGUUAUGUUGUCAACAACCAUGCAGCAACUAAUUUCGAUAAACUCAGGACAGUGAGAGCAUUAUCUGUUUAUCGGGUUACACUCAGACGUAAACUUUAAUUCUACAAACAGUAAAUAAAUGACAGCAUCAAUUUAAUUUUUACUCACAAAAAGAUUGCUGUCAUAUUGCUAUUAUAUUAAUAACAAUAUAACGUAUCAGUACUACUGACCAUUUAUUCUUAAAAUUUCGUCAACUGAUUGUAUAUAUAAGCAAUCAUGUUGCUGCAUUCGUAAAAUCUAUGUUGAUGUCUCAAAUGUACAGCAAAUAUAUAACAACACAAGCAAUGCAUUAGUUUGCUCAAUGUGCUACAUCACGCUUGGUUAUCUGGGUUGAUGAUAAACAGUAAACCUCUUCAAAAUGUACAAUAUCGUAUGUGCUCACGGGAAAGGAAAAAAAGAAGGAUUGAAAGCUGCCAGUACAUUUUUAUAGCAUUUAAGGUGAUUUCUUCAAAUCAGACUUUCGUCCAAUAUGUGACAUAUAUAGGUACAGCGAUAUAGUUUCCAGUGUAAAUAUUUGGAGGUGAUAAGAAAGGGGACAAAAUGUCAGAAAACUGAACAAAAACUUGCGCACCAAAUAUCGAACGAAUUAUAAUAUUGGCGUAGCAAUUGUUUACAAAAUAUAUGUUUACACAAUAUAUAUUUACUGACACUUUGCGAUCCUAUCGGCGGAGAAGGUAUCGAGCAAUAAUCAUCAUUAAUACGAAUCUUGACAUCAUCCAUUGUCUUCUUUACAAUCCAUCAAAUGGAAAUGGAUCGAAAUGGAUUUGUGUGAUCAUUGUCGAAUCAAAAUUCUUAAUUCUUUAAAUUUUGAUCAAAGUUUAAAGAAUUUCUUGAAUUUAUUUUAAUCAAUAAAAUAGAAAUUGAAACUACCGGACUUUUAAUUUUUUUAAUUUAAAAAAAGUUACACAAGCCACAUACAUUUUAAUUUACGAAAUGGGAUUGAAAUGAAGUGAUUCCAAUUCUUUCAAUCUAAAAGACGCAAUUCAUUUUAAUCUAUGACAUUAGAUUGAAAUGAUGUAAUUGCUAUUUUUUAAAUUCAAAAUGUAUGCAAAUAAAUUAAAACGGAUUACAAAUUUUCAACUCAUUUCAAUCUAUUUUUAUUUACUGGGAAUUAUCCUUCUGAGUAACAAUCAAAAAGUUUUAGCCGUCACUCAUUAAACAUUAAAAAAAACUACAAAAGGAGUUUCAUAAAUAGAACAUAGUUUUCCGAUAUGCAUUUAAGAAAUGAAUACAUAAUGCGUGCUACGUACAAAUCUAUCGAAAUUUACUCUUUAUUUCUUCGAUCAAAAAUACAUUGAAUAAAAUAUAAUAGUGAUAAAAAUUCUUUACAUUAUACAUGACAACUAUUUCUUAUAUUAUAAUUCCCGCGCGCACGCGUCCAUGCAUUUACUCAAAUAUAUUAACAAAAGUUAUUAUAUAUGUACCCAGUAAACUAACUGCUUAUAUAACCGUAACUGAGGACAAAUAUCUAACCGAAAAAAAGAGAAAGACAGUAAAUCGGAAUAAAUUCGAUAUCGAUCAACAAUCGGUUGCAAUAAGCAUUGUAACUGCCGGGGCUCUUGCGUAUUGUCAAAACAUGCAAAAUGAACACGCAUAAAGAAGUCCGUUGUGAGCUGCAAGAGAAAAAUUGAUAUUUUGUGUGUCAUAUGACAAGCUUGUCGAACAUUAUUGAUUAGUUGUAAGAGCAUUUUUAUAAAUUUGAAAACUUCUCCAUUUUAUAGUUAAAUAGUACGACGUAUAAAACGUCAGUUUUUCUCUUGCAGCUCACAACGGACUCACCGAUUUACCCUUUGCCUUUUGGUUAGAUAUUUGCUCUUAGUUACAGGUAUAUAAGCAAUUAGUUUACUGGAUACAUAUAAACUUUUUGUUAAUAUAUUUGAGUAAAAGCAUAGACGCGCGUGCGCGCAGAUUAGCCAAAUUAAAAGAAUGCGAUUAGAAACGUUCAAGAUCAGAUAGAUAAAGAGUUCCGAGACGAAACAGAGUUCGGAGAUUUUGCAAAAUAAAAAAAGCUACAAGACGAGUUCAGUCUACGCGUUCAGUUUUUUUUUCUUUUUUUUAGAUUUUGUGUGACACAAAGCACAUAGAUUUGCUAAAAAACAAUUAAAUUUGUUUCACACUAAUUCGAUGAUGUGAAACGACGGAAUUUGCUCUAUAUGUAAUCUCUCAGCUUAAAUUAAAACUAAGUAAAUUAUCAUUUUAUUAAACAACAA